AUGGACCCCCAGGUGUGUCCACCUCCUCUUAGUAGCAGCCAGUCGAUGAUAAGCAUCCUGGAGAAGUCCCCAGCCAGUGGGUUCAAACCGGGUCACUCCCGGAACAGCAGCACCGGCUCCUCCAAACAUUCAAAGCAGUCUCGUCACUGGGAGGUGAUGGACGACUUGCAGCAAAUGGAACAGUGUGCAAUUCAAGGCUCCUCUCUGGACCUCAGUAUCCCAGGAAUCUGUGAGGGCUACUUGAUGAAGAGGAGGAAAUACCCGCUCAAAGGCUGGCACAAGAGAUACUUCCUGCUGGAGAAGGGAAUUCUCAAGUACUCAAAGUCUCAGCAAGAUAUUCAGAGAGGAAAACUGCACGGCUCUCUGGAUGUCAGCCUGGCUGUCAUGUCCAUCAACAAGAAGUCCAGACGCAUUGACAUGGACGCUGGAGACAACCUCUACCAUGUCAAGACAAAGAGUCAUGAUCUCUUCUACAUAUGGCUGACCAAGCUGUGCGCUCAUCGUGUAUACAGGAAAAACGAGGCCAUGAGCGUCCAUCACGGCGUACUUCACGCUCUCUCCAUGGGUCAGAGCACCCUGCCAGCUAUGUCCGCUUACUCUCAGAAAAACCGGACCAUGCCGUCUCACUAUGCCAGCUCAGCAUCAGUGUAUCAACCAGAGAUGGUAAGCCCCCCCGCUCCAGCCGUCGCAUCACAUCCACCUCCACCUCUAGGAGUGACCAACAAGGUGUCUGCUUGGCUGCAGCAGACCCACGACAUAGAUGCAACCUCCAAUGAUCUGGCUCGCUGUCAGGCAGAGAUGACAGAGCUGGCCCAGCUCAUCCAGCGACUCCAUUGGCUGGAAGGAGGCCUACCCGUCACAGACGUAGAUCUGGAGAGGCGAAUCAGUAUGCAGCAUCUCUCCCUUGAGAAACCUAAGAAGAGGAUAGGGAAAGGAGUCGGACACUCCAGGACCUUGUCCCGUGUUGAAGCCAUGGGAGGAAUAUUCACUUCCAGCCACCUGAGCACUAACUGCGGUUCAGUUCAGUCCAUCCCAGACUACGUCUACAAUCAGCUGUCCAACCCUCAGGUCACCUCACCUGAGGCCAAGAAGCUCCACCAGGACAUCUGCACUGUUUCCCACAGAGUUCAUUCUUCUCUCAAGUCCAUUUAUGAUGUUUUGACCAUGGAGAGAGAGAGACUGAGGCAGGCCUGGACCGGCCCAGACAUGAGGCAGAACACCUCACAUCAGCUCGCUACACUGUGCAGCACACUGUCUGAGCUUGACAUACAGUCUCAUCUGACCAAAGUCCACUCGCUUUCCCUGUCCUCUGACUCUUCUGAGGAAUCCUUCUGCACUGUCCGUGCGGACCAGAGGACACCAUCUACGAGUCGCCACAUUCACCGCACACCCUCAGUGGCCGAGUCCAUGGCCGAGUAUUUCGACGCCAGCGAGGUGAUUGUGUGCGAGACAUCAUCUGAGGCUGAAGCGUCGGAUGAGUCAGGGCUGAGUGACAUCACCACCACAAGCACUUCAGAGCCUGAGGAGGGACAUGCCACUGCUACCCUUAACUACAGAGCCAGUCUGAAUACCGCUUCUAACCAACCCAGCCCAGUGCCUACUGACACAGGUCGUCGCACAGUCCUCCCCGCCCCAGGAGCAGACAACAGCCACAUCGGCAUCAUGACCAUCCUGUACAACAACAUUGGAAAGGACCUAUCCAGAGUCUCCAUGCCCGUCGCUCUCAAUGAGCCGGUGUCUUUGCUGCAGAGACUCAGCGAAGAGCUGGAGUACUCCGAGCUGCUGGACAUAGCCAACACAAUUGACGAUCCAUAUGAGAGAAUGGUGUAUGUGGCAGUGUUCUCCAUCUCUGGAUAUGCCUGGGCAUCCUGGAGGUAUCGCUACAAACCCUUCAACCCUGUUCUAGGAGAAACGUACGAGAGCGACAGAGAAGACAGAGGCUUCCGCUACGUCAGCGAGCAGGUCAGCCAUCACCCACCCGUCUCAGCCUGCCACGCAGAAUCAGAAAACUUCACUUUCUGGCAAGAUCAGAGAUGGAAGAACAAGUUUUGGGGGAAGUCAGUGGAGAUCCUCUCUAGUGGACAGGUCAACGUUACCCUACCCAAGUACGGUGAUCACUAUGAAUGGAACAAGGCUGUGACGUGUAUUCACAAUGUGCUGAGUCAGCAGCGCAGAAUGGAACACUACGGCGAGGUCGUCAUCAAGAACACACAGAACGACACCUGUACCUGCAAAAUCACCUUCGUCAAGUCUCGGUACUGGAGCUCAGAUAGCAGUAAAAACGAGGUCCAGGGUGUGGUUCUGGACCGGGCUGGAGAGGUAGUCCAUCGUUUUGGAGGGCUCUGGCAUGAGGGCAUCUUCUGUGAUACACUGUCUACACCAAAGUGCAUCUGGAAGCCCAACGUGCAGCCUGAUGACUACCAGCAGUUCUAUGGCUUUUCUCGUUAUGCCAGAGAACAAAACGAAUUGACGCCUGACCUGAAGACCGUCCUCCCACCUACAGACACGCGCUACAGACCAGACCAGAGAAUCCUGGAGGAGGGAAAGUUAGCAGAGGCAGAUAAAAAGAAGGACGAGGUAGAGGAGAAGCAGAGGGAGAGGAGGAAGGAGAUGGCUAAGAAAGGAGAGGAGCACAUCCCCAGGUUCUUCAGGAAAUCUCUGGAUGAAGCCGGCAGAGAAGUGUGGCUGUCCAACGGAACCUACUGGAAGCUCCGUAAAGACCCAGGCUUCGCCAACACGGAGAACCUGGACCUGUGGUAG